UUUUACAAAGAAAACGUUGUUGCACUUUUUUUUUUUUGGUAAUGAUAACUUUUUUUGGUAAUGAACGUUGUUGCACUUUAAAACACCGGAUCAGAAAAUAAUUUAUGUGAAUCGCUGUUAUAUAUUUUAGAUUGGCUGAGCGCAAAUCGCUGCUUUUUUACAGUGUUAUGAUGACCCAAAUCGCUUCACUUGGCAACAUUUUGUGUUGAGCAUAAAUAACCUCCAAAAAUUAUUCUCAACUCACUCCCCCUCCAGAAUACAAGUACAUCAUUUUGUUGCUUGCUGUUUCUAUCCAUUCUCUAUAACUCCUCGCUUUCUUCUUCCUUCACUAUACAUAUUUUUUAAUCAGUUGUCACCAAGUAACUACCUCUUUUCAUACAAAGUAAUAUCUUUUUUUAUGUGUUUAUGUUAAGUAAUAAUGUUUAGUAACAGAAGAAAAUGGUGGAUUUUCUUCUUCCUCAAGCCACAGACGUGAACCAUAAGGAAGCCAGAUCACCAAGUAUUUGAAACGCUGCCGUUUCCAUUAGUUCCAACCAGCAUCCAGGUGGACACGCGUCUUGCUGCGGUUCGUCAUGAAUGGACCAAUGACAUUGCUGAUCUUGUAACGGUCGACAUCGACCUCUUUUACUGUUUUGUUCCUUUGCCAUUUUCACUGUCGUCCUUUUACCAACACAACUGGAAUCUGUAAUCGAUCCAAACUAUAUAUGUCGGAAUGAGAAGAAGGGAGGAGGCACGUUGAAUCCUCUGAAACCCUAAACAACCAAAUCGUUGUUAUGGUGAUUAAAUAUGUAUUUGUGCAUGUUGUUGACGUUUUAUGUACAAUUUGUGAUUGUUUGCGCAAAACAAUGAUUUUCAAAGAGCAAUUAAGGGUUUUAACGUUUUUCUAUAAUAACACAUCGAAACUAAAAUAAUUUUCAUUAAGAAAUAUUACGAACAAGCAAAUAUUUUCAACGAGUUAACCAUGGUUUCCUACUAAGACAUGGUCUUAAAUUGUUAAACCGGUGAUUCUCAUUGAUAAAUCGUGAUUGAAAAAAGUGAAAGAGAAUACACUAUAGAACCAAAAAGAAAUAUACCCUUAAUACUUAUUCGUCCAUUUUUUGUGCAGGUCGAAUAGAGUUUCACAGUUAUUUUAUAGAGAUAUCGAUAAAGAUUAUAUCACAAAAAUGAGGGAAAUAUUAUGGAGUAAAAGAUCGUACCUAGCCGAGAUAUACUCAUAAAACCUUAUGAAAGUGACAUGAAGAAGACCAUAUCGAAUUGACUUUGAGGGGUGGGCGAUGGUUAGGGUUGGGUAGAUUUUGGUAUCAAAUUGAUCCACCUGCUUGUUAACGAGUUGGUACAAUUAUAAUCCACUAUUCACUCCGCAUUCUUCUUCAGGUUGGGUAGAUGGGUGGGUUAGGUUGUGAGUUGACCCUCAAAAGCAAUCACCUGACUAGCCAUUAUGCAAAUUUACUAACAUUUAUAAUAAAUUUCUCACAAAUUAUAAGAAAUUAGCAAUUUAGACACUUCUCAUUUUUUUCUCAUGUGGAUCCAUAUAUUAGUUGUGAUCAUGUAAAUUUUUUUUAUAACUCAUGCCAACUAUUUAUUUGGACAAUUUGAAUGAAGUAUUCCACGAUAAAGAAAACAAAGUCACUUGGUAUGUAAAACGUUGGUCAUUCAAGUGACUCGCAACCCCACAUCCUUAGAAUAAGUGCAUAUAAAAAAAAAAUUAAGUCCACAAUCCACCCACAUUAAUAAUCCGCUCACUGUAAUUUGAGUUAUUUAUUAGUGAGCCGGUAUCAAACUACAAAUUAACCAACCACAUGUCUAACUUCGUUUUCACUACCCUCCACAAUAUUGGGCCGAGCGACGGCCCACCUUCUCGGUCCAAUGAAUCCUCCAUCUCCCCCGUCCAGCUUUCUUUCUUUGUUCCUGUCUAUCUUGUCCGUCUAGGCCGGGAGCCAGGUCAUCACCUCAUCUUCUCUUGGGCCACGACUUGGGCCGUCUCCUCCAGCAGACUUCCUCUUUCUCUUCCUCAUAAGCCUAGUAGUUAUUCGGUAGGAGGAAUAAAGAAGGGAGCCCACAGUCUAUGUCCACGAGUUGAAAAAUAAUAUAUAAUUACAAGAAUCCAGUGUUAUUAAAGCCGAGCUGCUCGGUCCGACCGGUAAAACCGCCACCCGAUCACAAAAUCGGCUCGGAACAGUUUAAAAGCCGCUCUGGUUUUAUCUAGCGGUUGACAAGCGGCCGAGACGGUUAACCGCUCGAGCCGCUCGUACGGUUUUUGUCAUUCAGUCGUUAAAUUUAAUUAAAAAAAUUACAGAAAAUUGAAAAUUGAAAUAAACCAAAAACGUCGGGCUCACAGACUGAAUCCUUAUUUUCAUUUCACAAUUUCGAAGGAAGAGACGAGCUCUGAUUAAGAAAUGUCCACUAUUUAUACUGAUAACGUUUAUUAGGUACCGGUUCUCUAAACGGGUUUUAAACGGUCUAAUACCAGUUGGACCACUAAAGUGCGAGCCAUUCGCAUUACCGGAUCAUGCUCCGAUUCGGUUCUGACAACAUUGCAAGAAUCCCAUUAACAAGUAUUGAGAAAAAGACAAUUGUAACACAUUCCCUGAUUUGAUGUGCAAAACGAAGAUAAAAAAAAAAGCCUAACUCAUUCACCAUCUAAAAUAAAAAUGCACAUUCGAUCCAAUCAUAGAUUUUUUAUAUUAAGUUUUAAACCCACCCAAAACGUUCUUCCCUUGAGAAUAGGAAUUUGAAAUACUACCGGGUAACAUGGAUCCUUGCUAGUUUGAUAAACGGAGGCAAAUUGUUUCAGUUGCUUCUAGUAGCGCAAAGCAAGCACGAGUUUAUGCCAUGAAGACUAUGAAUACUAGUAAUAAGUCGUUCUACAAGUUCAAAGGAGUGGUAUAAUCACUACUAGCUUAUUACCCGGUCCGUUGGCCGGAUUACUGUAUGUUUCCCACUUGUGGAAUGGGAGAGAAAGCAAGUGAGAGUGAAGGGAUUGGGAUUCCACUUGAUUAGGAUCGACCCACUAAUCUGAUUCUUCCCGACCCACCCCAACCUAAAGGGUCAUAAAGAGUCAAUAAGAAAAUACGAACGAAGAGGAUUAGUCAUAUAUCUUGACUCUUCAGAAGUGGGUCAAACAGGAUCAAAGUUGGGUGAUGGCAACUUUUAGCGCUAAACAGAGUUCUGGGUUGAAUAACUUUACUUAGGCCUAGAAAUUGGUGCUGAUGCAGACUGCAGUUUUUAUUAUACCAUCAUCAAUCAUCAUUGAAUUAGUCCUGUGCAUCCCUCCCCGUUGUCGGUCUGAAUUCUACUGAUGGCUUUAUUUCUUGCACCAGCCAUAUCAGCGAGUUGUCAUCUCGAGCAUGAUUUGCCUAUGUACAAAUGAUACAAUUAGAGUAUGAAACUUAAUUCAAAGAAAAGGAAAAGAGAAUUCUAUCACAUGCCAAUAAAUACACACAUAAUAGUUGAAGCUAAGUGAAAGUCAUUACUCGCACAUCAAUUCUAAAAAAUUACAGACUAAACAAUGGCUAGAAUGACACUGAAACUACCAAGAAUCAUGGACGAAACAACUUGUCAAUUUAAAUAAUCCUUAUACUGAAACUACCUUCUAACUUGAAAUAAGACAUGAUUACAGUUCAUAGCUCUCUUCUCACUAUGAAUUGGUUGCAGCUCGUCCUUAUCACUGCCUCCCAAGCUCAAUCCAAACGGAAUAGAUACUGUUAUGUAAGAUAACCAUAUCCUUACUGAUCAUAAUUCCUUUCUUCACUCCAUUUUUGUCGGAGAAAAGAGUUAUCCCCCUCUCCUGCAUUUCCCUUUCCCCCCUCUCUUCUCCCUCUUCUUCACAAACCGAUCCCUAAACCAGAAACAACAACACAAAAAUAGCCUUCGCCUCCACCAUCUCCAUCUACUGAACACGUUGGUGGCAAGAUAGGACUGCAGAAGCAAAAUUUUCUAAAAUCAAACUAAAUUUUUUUAAGGAGACUCAACCACGAAAAAAGAGUAAAGCAACAAUGCUAAUAGUUCAGAUGGUUCGUUUUGAUGUUAUACGUUGCUUUUGUUCUGGUCUCCAGUAUAUCAACUGCAUCAGAGAUGUUUCCUCCAAUCAUCUUUAGUGCACGAUUUAGAAGCAAGUCCUCAUGUUUGUGUCAAACGGAAACAUUCAUGGGUUCUUAACUCCCCUGUUAGUGUAAAUGUAGCAGCAACAAAGAAGUUUGACAACACAACAAGCACCCAGGCAAAAUGAUACAAUGCAGUAGGUGAUAUGUGUCUCGAAGGUUUUGAGUUACUAAAGUUCAUGUUAAAAAUAAACAUGAAUUAAAAUGGAUUAUUCUAUUAAGCAAACAUCCCCUCUAAUCAUACAAAGAUCAGAUAUCCAAUUCACAAACAAUUAAGCCAUAAAAAAUCAUCACACAUCCACCACCUUUGAUUGCCUAAAUUUGGUUUUUUCGCAAAGUUAUGGACUCUUAAGUAAACGUUCAUGGGUAGUCUAUUUCAUAACUCUAGAGAGCACAGUAAGCAGCCACCAGCCGGACACAGUGCGGUAGGCGAAUAUGAUUCUCAAUUCACAAUUUCUCACCACCGGAAGUAAGAAUAGACCAUAAUAAGCGUAGCGUUCAUGGGUGGUCUGUUUCAUAGCACUACUACACAAUUUGUUAAAAAAAAAAAGAAAGGUAUUUAGCAUCACGACGGAAAAACUUUUACAGGCCAACAACGACAACAUGCUGCAACCACCAGAUUUGGUAUCACAACUCAUAGGGAAAAUCAAAAGAUUUACUCUCAAAUUAAGUAGUUACAACAUCGAGCAAUCGUCAAGCACAUACACCAUCACAAAAGUCAUGGAACCUGAUUCGCAAAGCAUUCGAACAUUUGAGGACAUUUCUGCAAAGGUACAACUUAUAUGUCUUUUUUCCAAGCCAUUUCCAUCAACAUGCUAAUAAAUUUGCAAUGCAUAAAACAAACGGGCCAAAAUCCUAAUUAUUCUUUAAUUUUAAACUUUCUAUUUGAAAAUAAAAAAUAGUGAAAGAAAAGAGAUGACUGCAAUUCGCCAUUUGCACAUCACUUAUUCGGGAAUAAAACCAUAGAAAUUCA